AUGGACUCAAUCUUGCGUCUGGCCCACGAACAGGUGCUCCCUGCCUGGUUCGCCCCCAGACCCUCCGCCCCUUUCCUCGACUACGGCCUCACCCACUCGGCCUCCCUGGCCUCGGGCAUCCCCGAGCCUUCCCUCCGUCUCCUCCUCACCGUCCUCGCCGGCUACCCUAUCGCGAUCUUCUACCGUCUCAUCUUCCUCAACAAAACAUCAUCCAUCGUCGGAGAAUCCGCCCGCAACUCAUUCUUCCUCGUCAGUGGCUUGUUGAUGUCUUACUACUUCAACUCCUUCGACAUCAUUCACCCUCUCACGACCUGUGUCGGUACUUGGCUCAUCUGUCGCGUCAUUGCAUUGAUCGCUCCCAAGAACCGGUCCUUGGCUUCAACAUUGUCGUUUUUGUUCAACUUUGGGUAUCUGUUGACGUCCUACAAGUAUGCGGCCACGGAGGAGUAUGAUAUCUGCUACACGAUGCAGCAGUGUGUUCAGUGUCUGCGUAUGAUUGGCUAUGGCAUGGAUUUCAUGGAUGGACAACCAAAGUCGGCCAAGAAGAAGGAUGUUGCCACCCCUGCAUCGGAGGAGAAAAAGGUCGACACCCCAGCACCUACACCCGCACCAGCAGCGCCAGUAGUUGUCAGGGACAAGACCCCCAUCUCGUUCGGAAGAGACAUUGCCUUGGCUCAAUUGCCCACCUUGGCCGAGACCAUCGGAUACGCCUUCUUUCCUUUUGCUUUCUUGGUCGGUCCCCAGUUCUCGUUCUCGCUCUAUAAAAAGUUCAUCUCCAUGGAGCUCUUCAACGUUCCCAUCCCUGCCUCGGCCGCUGGAUCGGAUGAGGCCAAGGCUGCUGCUGCCGCAACCGUCAACGGUAUCCCCCAGGGAUCCCUGCGUUAUGCCCUCCGCUGUUUCUUCCUCGGUAUCUUUUAUCUGGGUUUGGGUCAGGUCCUCGGAGGUUUCUUCCCCACUGCUGCUCUCCUUGGCAAGGCCUUCCUUGAGCGCUCCUUUGCCGAGCGUGUCUUUAUUUUCUGGUGGACCGGAAAGACUGUCUUGAACAAGUACUUGGGUAUCUGGACGAUUGGAGAAGGACCUUGCGUACUUUCAGGAAUCACCUUCAACGGCUAUGACGCUCAGGGCAAGCCCGAUUGGGAUGGACUUCGCAACGUCAACCCCAUCAACUACGAGUUCGCCACCUCGCUCACCCAGAUCGUCACCUCCUUCAACAUGAACACCAACUUCUGGGCCAAGCUCUAUGUUUUCAAGCGUCUCCGCUUCCUCGGCAACAAGAACCUGUCUGCCCUGGGUGUCCUCCUCUUCUUGGCCGUCUGGCACGGAACUCAUAUCGGCUACUUCUGCUGCUUCGGACUCGAGUUUAUGGACAUGGAGACUGAGCGCCGUAUGUCUGCUCGUUUCGGAAAGCCUAUCAAUGCGUUCAUUACGCGUCAGAAGGGUGUCGCGCAUGUUGUUGCCAAGGCUGUCUGGGGCGUCAUUACCUGGCUGUUGACCACCAGCGCGCUCUACUUUGCCGCCGUGCCCUUUGAUCUUUUGCAGUUGGACAAGUCCAAGCAGGCUCUUCAGACGAUCAACUACUUGGGCGUCUAUGUCAUGCUUGGAUUGCUCUUCUUGGACAUCUUCUUAGGCAUUGUCAUGCCCAAGAAGCGCUCAAAGUCCAUCAAGACGGAAUAA